AUGGCGCCGACUGUCUUGUUAUUCGCUGCGCGUCAUUCUUGGGGUGGUUCUCAUGGGAAAAGUGAAGACUUGGCGAUGUCCGAGCGAAUGAGAGGCAUUGUGGAACCGGCCCCCACGUGUCGCUCUCGGGAGGAUGGGGAGUGUGGCUCCCGCGCAUGCGCCGUGCAGCCACAUCUUGCUCCAACGGCCUCUCUCUCAGUCUACCACCCUGCGUCGAAUGCCCUCGCAUUGCGGCAAUGUGGGUCGUACCGAAGCAGCCAAAAGUCCGGCGCGCUGGGAAAAGCCAUGGUCCUAUUCAUGUCGAGGAACAUGUGCUCUCGUGAAUGGCAGCGGCGCGGGCCAUAA